AUGGAGUCUCGGGGCGAGAAGUCGGAAGAGGCCGAUGGGGUGCGUGUGACGCCCCAGCUGCUCAAGGCGCACUCGGGCGAGUUCUCCCUGGAGUCCAUCCUGCUGCUCAAGCUGCGGGGCCUGGGGCUGGUGGACCUGGGCUGCCUUGGGGACUGCCUGGGCCUCGAGUGGCUGGACCUGUCAGGCAACGCGCUCACCCAGCUGGGCCCGCUGGCCUCCCUGCGGCAGCUGGCCGUGCUCAAUGUGGCCGACAACCGGCUGACGAGCCUGGAGCCCCUGGCCGCCUGUGAGAACCUGCAGCAUCUCAACGCCGCGGGCAACCUGCUGGCUGGGCCCGCGCAGCUGCAGUGCCUGGCGGGGCUGCGGGGUCUGGAGCGCCUGCGGCUCCGAGACCCCCUGGCACGACUCAGCAACCCGCUGUGUGCCAGCCCCUGCUACUGGGCCUCAGUGCGCGAGCUGCUGCCCGGCCUGAGGGUCCUCGACGGCGAGCGUGUAAGUGGGCGCGGCAGUGACUUCUACCAGCUGUGCCGGGACCUCGACAGCUCCUUGCGCCCCGGUCCUGGCACUCCCGGCCCCUGGCCGGCGGAGGCCCAGCCCUGGGUGGAGCCCAGCUACUGGGAGGCCUGGCCCCCACGCAGUAGCUCCAUCCUGGAGGAGGCCUGCCGCCAGUUCCAGGACACGCUGCAGGAGUGCCACGACCUGGACCGCCAGGCCCGGGACAGCCUGGCCCAGGCGGAGCGGGUGCUCAGCCCCGCGGGCACUGCCGCCGCCUCCUUCAUCUUCUGA